AUGGCAGUUUCUUUCCACGUUCGCUCUAACAGUUUCCCUUCUAGAUCUCAUCCACAAGCCACUCAUGUUGAUGAACAGUUGGUCCGUUUGAGAUCUUCUGAGGAAGCCUCAACAUCUUCAUGUUCUUCUAUCUGUAAAAGACUUGACAACCUUCAUGAGCUUCACGAGUCUCUUGAUAAGCUUAUUGGCCUACCCGUCACACAACAAGCUCUAUCUCAAAAACAGAACAAGAAAGCUGUUGAGCAGCUUCUUGAUGGAUCUCUAAGAAUCUUGGAUUUGUGCAACAUUUCCAAAGAUGCUUUGUCGCAGAUGAAAGAGGGUCUCAUGGAGAUCCAAUCGAUUCUACGAAGAAAGCGUGGAGAUUUAUCGGGAGAGGUCAAGAAAUACUUGGCUACAGAAAGUCCCUCAAGAAGACAUUCCAAAAAAGAAGUAGAAGCCAUCACAGUUGCUUUGUUUGAUUCUCUCUUCGGCUACAUGUCUGGAUCAAAGACUUGUGGCAAAUGGUCGCUUGUCUCAAAGCUAAUGACCCAGAAGAAAGUUACUUGUGAGGCACAAACAAACGAAUUCACAAGGGUUGAUUCCGAAUUUCAUUCCGAAAAAACCUUGAAGAAGGAGGAUGUUCAGAUUCUAGAGUCAUGCAUUCAAGAUCUUGAAGAUGGACUUGAAUCUCUCUCCAAGUCUUUGAUUAAAUAUAGAGUCUCAAUUCUUAACAUAUUAGGCCAUUAA